AUGAAAGAUGCGGACUUGGAAGACACGUUAAUGCGCUUGACUAUUCUAGGCUUGAUAGUGGACCCUAGUGAUAUCCAAGCAUUUGAGAACUCACACGUCAACCCACCAGCAGGUGGGUCGGCUUCAACUGCUUCAAAAAUGUCUGGCAUUCCUCCACCUCGAGUCUCCAGCCUUCACAUUCAAGUCCGUGAUCCUCGAAGUAAUCAAACCAUCUCUUACGCUCGGAGUCGGGUUGUUGGGAUAUCGGCCGAACAGCCUGGGGAUCCCGUCACCUCACCUUCCAUCGCUCCCCCGACAUCGUCGAACGUCGAAACCGACAUGGAAGCUACCUCGACUUUUAUUCCAGCUCAUGCGUUCUCUCAGUUUCCAAGGGACUACAUCAUUGAUGCGGGCCAGGAGAAUUACAUUACUCAGCACUGGUUCAAGAAGUUCUGGGAUCGAAGCUGGGACCUAUUUCUUUUACCCGUUCCUGACGAAGAAGAUAAGGCCAGUGGUAUUCUCUUAAUUCCAGAGCCGCAGACACAGGCUAUGCUCACCGAAAUCAACACGGCCAUCUCGGAAAGAUUGUCACUCGGUGGAAUGAUCCAGGAUGGAUUGGCCCUUCGCUUUGACCUUGUCAGGGGGCCAAAACCCAUCUAUUUAGGAAAAUCCAACAGCUACGAAGAGAAGGAGACCAUCAAGGCAAAUAUAUCAUCGUUCAAGGAUUAUGCAAGAUGGGAAAAGUACACAGAAAACCUGACUGAUGCAGCUCGAGCUGCAUUCGAAGUACACCUAAAGAAUACAAUUUUACCGGCGGAAAAGAAUGGCGCUUCUGAAUCUUCUGAGUUCAAGAAAAUCAGAAGGGCAGAGAAAAGAGCGGAGGUCCGAAUGGAAAGACAACUUCAAUUAACACGAACUCUGGAGCUACUGCAAACGUGGCUUGGAUUGCGACGCCGUUGUGUUACAGCCCUAAACCAAGAACAAGACCUUCUGCAGCCUCCUAUCAACGUACUCAUGGCUGCUCCAUACCCAUUCGAGGAUGAUAUUCUGUUUAUUGGUAUUGACUGUGAAUGGAUGGAGCGUUCUUCAGAGAAUCUUACCGAAGUUGGCCUUUCAAUCCUGGAUACCCGUGACCUAGCCAACCUACCACCUAGCGAUUACGGCGCCAACUGGAAGAAAAGAAUAAAAUCACAUCACCUUCGCGUCUCAGAAUAUGAGUACCACGUCAAUAAUGAGUUUUGUCAUGGAUGUCCAGACAAAUUCGAGUGGGGUGAAAGUGCAAUCAUCGAUAAGGAUGACAUGGGGAAGGCGAUUGACGCGUGCUUGGGGAGGGGCCGGAGUAUGAUAUUCGUUGGACUUGACAUGAAGCGAGAUAUGGAACUCAUUGGGCUUACAGGAAGCACGGUAUUUGGUCGGUUGAAGUAUGCAGAUCAGGCUGGGGCAUAUUGCCGCCUCGAUGUCGCGGACUUGUUUCAAGUCCUGCGUGGCAGACCCGAAAGAUUGGGGAUGGUGAAGCUAUUGCAUGAGAUGAACGAGGAUCAUACGGAACACUUACAUAAUGCAGGCAAUGACGCUCGGUACACGAUGCAUCUCUUAAUUCGGAUUGCGUUGGAGUCGGCCGGGGAGAAAUCGGAGAGCAUGGAGUAA